AUUUUUUGUCGGGGAGCAGUCGUGUCCAGAAAAGGAGGAUUAGAGUCAGCACAGGUAGCGCGUAUAUCCACCUCUUCCGAGGCGUCUGGCGAACGGGACACUCUGCUUGUCCAUCACACUCACACAAUGUCGUCAGAAAACUUGGACUCGGACACUCAAGUGGAGCACCAGGACGAAAAACAGGACUCCCAGGAGAAGAAUGCAAACCCUGUGAAGGCAGAGGAGGCCAAGCUGAAGGCCAAGUACCCCGGCCUGGGCCAGAAGCCCGGCGGCUCAGACUUCCUGAUGAAGAGACUACAGAAAGGGCAAAAGUACUUCGACUCGGGCGACUACAACAUGGCCAAGGCCAAGAUGAAGAAGCUCCCCGUGGCCGGGCCCGACAAGAACCUGGUGACCGGCGACCACAUCCCCACGCCGCAGGACCUGCCCCAGCGGAAGUCCUCCUUGGUGACGAGCAAGCUAGCCGGCUAGCCUCCGUCCUCCCAGAAGCACCCUCGCCUCCUCCCGGGGGGGGGGGGGCUCCCGUCAGACCUCACCAGUGUCCCUCCCUAUGUCCGCCCCCUCCCGUACCCCUUUCUUUUCAUCCCCAGGCACCACUGGCUUUACCGUGUCGGGCAGGGUUGUAUGAGUUGAAACUCCAUUUUGCUUGUAUGUGUGUGGGGUGAGAGGGUUGGAUGUCUCCUACCACGCACAGCUCCGCCAGCUCCCGCGUGUCUUGGUUUUUUCGGUGUUUCAAGAUGCAUCGCACUAGGCGUGUCAUCGGGCAGGGGUCGGAUGGGAUGAGUUAAUGCACUUUGUAGUCUGUAUAGUAUGCUUUCGUUCUUUAAAAAAAAAAGUUGCAUCUUAAAUAACAAGAAAAUAGUGUGCGUGUGUGAGGACGUUGGGAACCUUGAUUGUUGAUCUUUAUGUUCCCAUCCACGCUGGUGGCUCUAGUGGGAGGAAAGAUGUGAAUAACUGCUUGCAUACCAAACUUGUGAGGGACGGCUGCCGAGCUUAAGAGCCCUUCAGUGUUCACCCACACCAUGUUGGGGAAAGGGAGGCCUCUCUUCAUCUCACCCUUCGGCCUCCUUUCACCGGCCUCUGUUCAUCUCAUCCUUCGGCCUCCCUUCACAGCCCUCCCUUCAUCGGCCUCCCUUCAUCUCACCCUUCGGCCUCCCCCCAAGGUCAUCUGCUGCAGCUCGGCCAAACAGGGAUUUUGAAGCACCGCCUCUUUAUUCUUUCUCUCCGCUCCCUCUAAAUAUGCUGCAUGAUUGUAACAACAAAAAAAAGGAAUUUAACAUGUUGGGGUUUUUGUUUGUUUUCGUUUUAACGGUAAUCUGCGUUGUGAUUGGGGGGAAACGAAAAAAACACACGGAGCCCGAAGCGUCCUCGUUCACGCUUCCGUCCUCCUUUCCCUUUUUAAAUAAACAAUAAAGGUGAAGAAGGUUAUGAACAGCCAUCAGUUACUUAAUGUCGUCCCCCCCCCCCCCCCCCACACACACACACACACUCACUCCUCACUACCUACCAUUGUACGCGUAUCUAUGCUUCUCCAAAACGUCUUUCACGACCCUUUUCAUCGUAGUCAGUUCUCUGCUUUCGUGCCACUGGGCUUUCGAAAGUCCGGUAAAGUCUGCGAAGAACCGGCCCAUGAGCUGCCUCGUGUCGUUCUCCAGCACCGCGGCCCCCGCCGAGGAGUCCGACGCGUCGAUCUCGCUGUCUGACUCCGGGGUGCACGGCAACAAUCCACGUAUGCUCGCUUCUCGUUAGCGGCCCGGGCCGAGAGCCAGCUGAGUGUGUUUUAUUAUUUUUGAAUGGCUGGAGACUCUGCCAACAGUUUGGUUGCCGUUGAGUCUCCAAGACGUGAGUGUGUGUGUGUGCGAGCACUAUGAGCCUGAAAGAUUAGGAGGGGGCAUCGAAGCCCCAGGCGUAGAGCAAAUAUAUGCUUCUGUAAAUACAAACGAGCACGUAAGUAGUGACGCGCUUCAGACAUCUCACUUUCUCCGCGUCUUCGAAGCACCGCUGGAGGUCAGCGGGUCGGAGUGACACGCCGGACACACAAAAGGUCCCAGUGACAAGACGACAAAGUGUCUUUUUCACUGGGUAUUGUUUUUUUAUUUGGUGGCACCGACCAAAAUUAAUUAUUCUUAAUCAAGCUGCUUAUUAAAGCAACAAAAAAAGGAUGUUGCUUUCUCAUCUUUUUUUUGUACUGGAGAUGGUUUUAGAAUACACCGUACACAGAAUAUAGUACACUAGCGUGAGUAAAAGAAUACGACAGCUGCUUGUGAAACCCCACCCGCUCUUCUACCACCAGUAAAACAAACCGACACACACCUGCUCCCUGAUCUAAGGGGUGUCAGCGGGGUAACCACGGUGACAACAGGUGUGCUGCUCAUCCCACCUUUUAUGUGGUUCAUCCUCCCGAAGCUCUGAGAAUCGGCCUCCUUGUGUAAUACUGCUUCAGGGAAACCUUCACAAACGCACGGUGACUCCAUCGCACUCUCAACCGCACUUAUUUCGUUCCUUUCUUUUUCAUUGAGACUUCAAAAUGUGUCAUUUUGCAGUGGAGUGGGGGGGGGGGCGAGCAAGAGAACGGACCUGAACGUAUGUGCUUGUUAUGGCGUUGUAUGAAUGCACUGCUUUUCUUCUCUGUACCAGCCAUUUGUAAAUAGACUUCGACAGGAGGGAAUUAUUUUGUGUGUUGUAUUCCCCACCUGCUUUUCCCUCUCGUAGCCCGAGCUGUCUUCUGAGUCGACGGUUCCUCUCCUUCUGCGUCGUCUCUGAAUGGCAGAGGCUGUGUGAAUCUGUAUCAUAUGAAAAUACGUGUAAAUGCUGCUUAUUCAAAGACACCCUGUAAAGAACACCUGUCCUCGUGGCCUCGAUGUAACUACUCCCAUUUCAAAAAAGGUGCAUUGUUGCGUUUUUAAAUUGGCAAAAACAUCACUGUCUGGCAUCAUAUUGUGUUUCAUAUUCACGCUUUAAAAAGUAACGAUUGCUUGAAGUAGAAGAAGAAGAAAAAGGGGUUGGGGAUAAGCGGCACAGCGGCGUACGGGAGUUCUUGAACGCUACUUGAUGUUUGGCUUUGCACAGAGCGGUUCCACGAGUGGAAACGGCGGGGUAUGUAAACAUGUGCCAGAAUGUAUCGAGAAAUGACAGGCGCUGUCCUCCUGAAGUACUAUUGUACUGCUUUUAAAAAAAACUGAUCUUGUUUAUUUAAUUUUUUCUUGUGUUCUCUUACUGCAUAAUUAGUAUAUUUCAUCUUGGCCCAAGAUCACUGCAGGGAAAAUCAGAGGCACCCCCUUGCUUCCAAGAAAAAGAAGGGUUUACGUGAUAAAAGAGGAUGACUGGAGAACACGGGAAUGAUUUUAAGACUUCAGAGAAUACCGGUGUAUUUGGAAUGUUUCAGUUGUGUGGGAGUAGGUGAGAGGAUUUUUGUCAGUAUUUGAAAUAAACUUUUCCAUUAAUACGA